AUGGCUUUUACUUUAGCUGCUUGGGAAAUUUUAUUAAACCCAAAACAUCCAAAAAUAUCUGUUAGUGAUAAUGCUCUUCAAAGCAGAUAUGAAAAAUAUUGGGGUUACGUUACAGAUCCAGAUGAUAAUGAAUCAGAAUUUGAACACGGAAUUGAAAGAAGGAUCCUUAAAGAAUCCCUAAUAGUAAAUCAAGAAUCUUCAGAGAUAUUUUUGUCAGGAUUCACAGCAGAUAUUCGUGGGUGGUGA